GAGAGUGUAUGAAGCCUGACAACCCCAAGACUAAGCAUUGAACUUGAACUUGAAAAAUGGACGAUAUUUUAGAGGAAAUGCAGGUGAUUGAAGCCAUAUAUUGCGGGGAGAAGGAGUUUAACUUGGUCUCCCAAGGCAAAUUAUCCGUGGCAUUUUCCGUAACGAUAAGUCCUACCCACCAUCCUGAUUUGAGAAUAUCUGUGAUGUUUACCCUGUCUGUAGAAUCAUACCCUGAAGAUGUACCACCAUUUUCAGUCCAAUGUACUUCCCUCAGCCGACAGGAGUGUGAAGACCUAAAAAAUUCCCUAAAAGAAGAGGCCGAGUUAUUAAGGGGAAGCCCAAUGGUACUAAACAUUCUUACAACUCUUCAAGAUAAACAGCUAAAAGUAGCUCAGACGAUAAUAGCAGACUCAGCAAGACCCAGUAUUAACGAUGCAAAAGUGUAUGUACUACAGCUGGACCACAUGCGCAAUAAGACACGCUAUGUGAAAACAAUCCAGCGUUGGUGCAAAGAGUUGUCGAUUGUGGGUGGUUUGGUGUUUUGUUUAAGAUGGAUAUUUCUCAUACUGCAAGGUCAUGAGGAGAGUAUAAAGACAUACAUCCAGAGAAACAAAACACAAGUUGUAGAUGUAGAUUCCUCGGGACGACCAUGCAAGGAAAGACUUCUAUCUGUGCUCCAUAUUGGUGAUCAUCCAGUCAUGUUAACAGAGUUUAACACAUGUGAUUUUAAAAAUAUUACAGAUUUAAAAGAAUGGAUGAUGGAUGCAAAGCUUGAAAAUAUUUAUGAAAGUGUUAUAGCACCGGUUGUUCUAAAGAAAUGAGUGAUUUAUAUGUAUUUGCAUAUAUAUAUUUAUGUACUGUCAUAUUACAGUAAU